CAGCCCAGAAAUGUGCAGCCUUUUAGUGAUGAAGAUGCUUCAAUUGAAACUAUGAGCCACUGCAGUGGCUUCAGUGAUCCUGCUAGCUUCACUGAGGAUGGGCCUGAAGUUGAUGAAGAAGCCACUCAAGAAGACUUAGAAUACAAAUUGAAGGGAUUUAUUGAUCUUACGUUGGACAAGAGUGCAAAGACAAGACAAGCAGCUCUUGAAAGUCUGAAAAGUGCUUUUUCUUCUAAAAUACUAUAUGAAUUUAUCAUGGAAAGGAGAAUGACGCUAACUGAUAGCAUUGAACGCUGCAUAAAGAAAGGUAAGAGCGACGAACAGUGUGCAGCUGCCGGACUGGCUUGUCUUCUGUGUGUGCAGAUGGGGUCAGGAAUUGAAAGUGAAGAGAUUUUUAAGACCCUUGGUCCAGUUCUGAAGAAGAUUGUCUGUGAUGGAACAGCCAGUAUCCAAGCCAGACAGGCUUGUGCAACCUGCUUAGGGAUUUGCUGUUUCAUUGUCACUGAUGACAUCACGGAACUGUACUCAACUAUGGAAUGCCUGGAAAACAUCUUCACAAAGGCCUAUCAGCGAGAUAGAGACACUAAUGGUGUAUCAAGUACCCAUAAUACUGUGCUUCACAUCAGUGCUCUCUUAGCAUGGACACUGUUGUUGACCAUUUGUCCAAUGAAUGAAGUGAAGAAGAAAAUUGAAAUGCACUUGCAUAAACUUCCCAGUCUGUUGUCUUGUGAUGAUCUCAACAUGAGAAUAGCUGCUGGAGAAACAUUAGCCCUUCUGUUUGAACUGGCACGCGAAACAGAUGCUGAUUUCUUUUAUGAAGAUAUGGAACUUCUAACAGAGAAACUAAGAGCUCUGGCUACUGAUGGAAACAAGCACCGAGCCAAAGUAGAUAAAAGAAAGCAGCGAUCUGUCUUCAGAGAUGUUCUGCGAGCUGUUGAGGAGCGUGACUUUCCUACAGAGAUGGUUAAGUUUGGACCUGAGCGCAUGUAUAUUGACUGCUGGGUUAAAAAACAAACUUAUGAUACCUUCAAGGAGAUUCUGGGGUCAGGGAUGCAAUAUCAUUUGCAGUCAAAUGACUUUCUUCGGAAUGUGUUUGAGCUUGGUCCACCAGUAAUGCUAGAUGCUGCAACUCUUAAAACAAUGAAGAUAUCCCGUUUUGAAAGGCACUUGUACAACUCUGCAGCAUUCAAGGCUCGGACAAAGGCUAGAAGUAAAUGCCGUGAUAAAAGAGCAGACGUGGGGGAAUUUUUCUAGAUCUCCUUUUCCAUGGGGUUCAAUUUUCAUAAUUAAAAUAGAUUUGUAACCUUU